AUGUCUGACCACAAGACUACACUUCUCAAAGCAGACACGCGCACGUAUAACUCGCAAUCCGGAUUCCUCUUGAAGAUCAAGGGAAAGAAGGCGACCACGUAUCUCUAUCUUGGCGAUCAGGACAGUGGGACUCCAACCCCCUCUGGGAAAGCCGGUACAUCUGGCUCGCAAUCCGGAUUCCUCUUGAAGAUCAAGGGAAAGAAGGCGACCACGUAUCUCUAUCUUGGCGAUCAGUGGGACUCCAACCCCCUCUGGGAAAGCUGGUACAUCUGGCUGCCAAUGGAUUUCAACGACAAAAAGAAGACGCUCGACAUUGUUUGGCACGACGUCUAUGAUCUCGACGUCAAAUCCGGAGAAUACAAGGCCAUCAAAGGAAAAGAAUACCGCGGAAUCAACGCAAAGACAACCCCCCUCCAAAACAAUGCUAAUUUCCAGAACUUUGCAAGCGACAAUGUCAUCCUUACGGGCAUCUCCGGAAACGACAGCACCGUCAGCUUCGAAGGGAUUGCGGCAACAUGA